AAUUACCAAACCAGCAACGAUACAUCUAUCAUCUGCCCAUUCGGUAGAUCUCACUCUCUAUAUCCAUAUAUUUUGUGUUGAGCCUGCAUAGUAUGCAUUGCAUUUCAUUUCUGUUGCACAACAAUUCAAUUUCAUAUUCCUUCUAUUCAUUACGUUAGAACCGCUGCAAUUCAAAGUUCGAAAUCCAAAACAAGACUACCUCACCGAGUAGAAGUACUGCACAAUACAACCCAUAGACCGAUUCACAAAAUUACACGAUAAUAUACCAUAGGACAACACAACAUGAUUUCCGUCACUUCAUCCAGAACACUUUUGGCUUCUGUUUCGUGCCUCCGCCACACCGCCAGCAGACGUUGCGUUUCCACCCAGGGACAGGAAGCCGUGGGACGAUUGAAGGAUGUCCUGGAGCAGUACCGCGCCCAGAAGUACGUAUGGUCUGAUACUUUGCACCACGUUGUGUUGUGCUUUCUUUCUUUCUUCUGCGAUACGAUUGUACUAACCUAUGUUCCGCUUUGUUUCGCUUCAACGAAUCUCUUAUGCAUCUUAUCCCAUCUUAUCCACUCCCAGCUAUCAGCAAGAGGUUCCGUCCCGCUUCAAGAAGGAGCUCGUCGUCCAGUGCAACCGGACCGCGGCGCUGCAAACGGUUUCGUCGAAUCACCACCCCGCCGUCGCGGGAAUCGAGACGCUCCUGCAAAACAUUGGCGUCUUUGGAAACCAGAUUACCCAUGACGACGUGGAGGCGAUUGUCUCGCACCUCGACGAGCGUUCCGCUGACAAGAUCCUUCAACGCGUCUUGUAGGCGUCGGGAAGAUGGCGUAUCAGUUCUGUUAACUGGGCACGCAAGCUCUGAGCACUGGAAGCUUUGCAAGUCAGAGCAAAUCAAGCCGCAGCGAAGGUCCGCUUCUAGCGCGUAUCGCCGUUUCGUGUGGCGGAACGACAACGUUUCUCAAGCACGUCGAUCCAACGACAGUGGCUGCAACGCCUACAUCGUAUCGCCCAAUACAACACAGUAUCCCAUCCCCACACCACGUGCACAUAUCGUACCAUUUUUACAACAUCCAUACAACUACAACUACUAAUAGAUACAUAUAAGAUUA